AUGCCGCUCAUCUGCAUCGAGGUCAUCAUCGACCCCUUCCGCAACUUCACCUCCUCCAUUGGCCCGAACGGCGCGGGCAAGCCCAACCUCAUGGAUGCCAUCUCUUUCGUUCUCGGAGUCAAGUCUGCCCAGCUCCGCUCCAGCCAGCUCAAGGACCUCGUCUACCGUGGCCGUAGACUCGCCCGAAACCCAGAUGGGGAGGGCGCUGGUCCUUCUCAGCCUCAGCAGGACGACGAAGAGGAGGGCGAGGGGGAAGGCGAGGGUACGGCAACCAGGGCGUGGGUUCUCGCUGUCUACGAGGACGCGGACAAGAAGGAAUGGUGUUUCCAACGAACUAAUUCGACGACCGGAGCGUCCGAAUACAAACUGAACAACCACGUCGUCACGUAUUCCGCGUACAACGCCGCACUCAUCCAGCACAACAUCCUCGUGAAGGCCAAGAACUUCCUCGUCUUCCAAGGCGACGUCGAGGCCGUCGCGUGGCAGUCGCCCAAGGAGCUCGCGCGGCUCAUCAACCAGAUCUCCGGCUCGCUCGAGCUCGCGCCCGAUUAUGAGAAGGCCCGCGAGGUGCUCGAACGCGCGACUGAGAACGCGACGUUCAACUUCACGAAGCGCCGCGGGAUUGCGGGCGAGAUUAAGCAGUACAAGGAGCAGAAGGGCGAAGCGGAACACUUCGAGGCACUUUGCCAGGAGUGGGACGAGCUCGUGCUCCGCCGCAUCCUGUUCAAGCUCUACCACAUCCAGCACUCUCUCGAGGAGCAUGCUCGGGCUAUCAAGGAGCAGAACCAGACGCUCGCAGGUCUACGUGCGGAGCAGUGCAAAGACGAGAAGGCACUCGAGGAUGCGCGCGCUGAGCAAGCCAGGGCGCGGUCGAACGUCAUGCAGAAGGAGAAGCGUAUCAAGAAGGCCGAGAAGGCCUUAGAGACCAAGCGCCCAGACUUAGUCCGAAUCGAGGCGCAGAUCAAGCACGCCGAACGGAAGCGCGAGAAGGCACAGCAGGAGCUAGAGAAGCUCCAGCAGACCGAAGCUGAGCAGCGGCGGAAGCUGCAGGCGCUACAAGAGAACCUGCAGACAGUGCAAAGAGCGGCAAACGCGGCCCAAGAGGUGCAGCACCGCGCGGCGCAAACUAACCUAUCACUGAGUGAAGAGAGUUUGGAGGAGUACCGGAGACUUAAAGCAAGCGCGAGUAUCCUUGCCGUCGACAAGAGGCAGUCGCUCGAGACACUGUCACGAGACGAGAAGACGGCGGGCCGCACACUUGCGCAGCCCAAAGACAAGCUCGAGCAGCUGACACAGAAGUGCGACAAGUCGUCGGAAGAGGACCGCACACAGAGUCAGAAGAAGGCAGAGCUCGACGAGAAGGUGUCCGAGUUGACGGCAGAACUCAAGCGCGUGAAGCAGGAGCACGAUAACCAAGGCACGACAACCAGGAGUCUGAGCGCAUGCAAGGAGGUCAACGAGAAGUUGGUUGACAUCUACGAGAAGCUCACGCAGGCGGGCGUGGACCAGCAGGAGUCGCAGCGCGAGACACAGCUCAAAGAAACGCUUGUGAACCUGCAGCAAAUCUUUCCUGGGGUGCGCGGACGCGUGGUGGACCUCUGCAAGCCGACGCAGCGCAAGUACAAGACAGCGAACAUUGACGCAAUCGUGGUCGACGAGGAGAAGACGGCGAUCGACUGCAUCAAGUGCAUGCGCAACCAGCGCGCGGGGCAGGCAACAUUUAUCCCACUCGAUACGAUCCAGGUCAAGCCCGUGAACGACAAGUUCCGCGCGUUCGCCAAGGGUGCGAGGUUGGCUGUGGACGUUAUACAUUACGAUCCGGCAGUGAAGAGGGUGAUGCAUCAUGCGUGUGGGAAUGCGCUCGUGUGCGACUCGAUGGAGGUCGCGCGGUAUGUGUGGUACGAGAAGGGACAGGAGGUGAAAGCCGUUACACUAGAGGGAACUAUCAUCCAGAGCGGUCUCAUCACUGGUGGUAAGAGCUCGCAGCAGAACGGCAAGAAAUGGGAAGAGAAGGAUGUGCAAGGCCUCCAGCGCGUGCGCGACAACCUGCUGGCGCAGCUUCUCGAGCUUGGCAAGUCAAUGCCUCGGGGCAAGGAAAGCAAGGUCCUCAUCGCGGAGAUCAGCCGUUUGGAGUCGGCUCUGCACGUCGUGCGCGACGACCAAAAAGCGAACAAGACAAGGCUGUCGGGCAUCAAGGACGAGCUGAAGCACGUCGAGCGCGAGAUUUGCGCGUUGCAGCCAGACCUGUGCAAGGCGCAGGCGGUGUACGACAGCAUGAAGGGUAAGAUCGAUGCGCUUGUGGCGGUCGUCAACGAGACGGAGGACGGCGUUUUCGAGGAGUUUUGCGAGGAGAUCGGGGUUGCGAAUAUCCGCGAGUACGAGGAGCGCCAGCUGAAGGUGGCCAUCCAGUUCGACGAGCAGCAGCUUAGGGUGAUGGAGGAGCGGCUGAAGGCUUACGAGGAUAUCAUCAAGUCCGAGGGCGAAAACCUGGCGAAACUGGACGAGAAGAUGGCAGCGCAGGAGGAGAUCGCAAAGGCGGAGGAGACACUGCAAGACGACCUAAAGGAGCUCGCGGAAGAGCUCGAAGAGAAGACGAAGAAGGUCGACGAGGUGAAGAAGACGACGAACAGGGCGGGCAAGGCGCUGGACCAGGCGUUGAAGGACGUCGUUGGCCGCAACGACGAGAUCGAGAAGCUCGGCUUGGAGCAUUCCGCGAUCUACCGGAAGUGCAGGCUAGAUGAGACUAAGCUGCCGCUGCUUACCGGAAACCUCAAGAACGUGCCCAUGGAGGAGAACCUCCGCGAAGAGGUGGCGCUGGAUGUAGACGAGGACGAGGAAGGGACCCAGCAGGUCAAGCGGGUCUCGGACUUCGGCAUUGAAGUCGACUUCGACAGUUUGGAUAAGAACGAGCGGGAGGACGGCUCAGCCGGGGCCUUGAAGGAACUCAACGACUCCUUCCUGGCGCUCUCUGAUGUACUGAAGACUUGCGGCUAUCUACGUGCGCAAUCUCGUGGCACAAUGACCUCCCUAGAACUCUCGGCAGACACGGCCGCAUAG